AUGAAUAGAAAUGUUUCUGAAAUUAGUAGUGAUAAUAUGCGAAGGAAAGAAUCAGAACCGUUAAAACAAGAGACAGGAGGGAAUGAAGGCAAUUCUCCAACCCAGACGAACGACGACGCUGAUGCUAUUGAAAAGAAACAAGAUGAACCAGUUCAAGAAAAUGAUCAAUUGGGAGAAAUUAUAGAAAUGGAUUCACAAUAUUUUGAAGAUACUUCAGCUACUUUGGAACAAGAUGAAAAGUCCAGUUCAGAAAGAGAGGUUUCUACUUCAUCGAGGCCGGCACAUCCAAUGAAGCAAAACGGUCUCCAUAUUGUCACAGGAUUUCCAAAGCCAGCUUCCGAAGGGAGAUAUCAGGGAAGACAAGAAGAUUCUUAUUUUUCUCGCAAUGGAAUUAACCCGUCCUUUCAUCAACCGACGGUCCCUUCAUUCCCGAAUGUUCAUGGAAGAUCUGAUGGAAUUCCCAUUACCGCAAAUAGCUCCCUUACCCACUCCUUCAACUAUCCCAUGAUGAAUCCAUAUAUGGCUGGUGCUCAAUUUGGGCCUCCACCUAUGCAUAUGAAGUCGGGCAUGAAUCCUCACUCCCAUUUCCAAGGCUAUCGUCGCCCUCAAGUUGCUAGGACUCAGUAUUUUGAAGAAAGCAUUCCUAUUCAGAAUCAUUCACGUAAUAAAGAUGGAAAACAUUGGACAGGAAAAAGAGGCCAACGAACUGUUGAAAUUCAUUUGAAUUUUGGGAUACCUUCUUCUUCUAGAUCCGUUCCUCUUCAGCCGAAGAAGCGCAUCACACACGUUGUAUAUAAUUCCCGUCUUCAUCAAAAAAACUUGAGGGUCUGCCUCCCUGGAUCCGGUUCGGUCACAGUUCCCUCAAAGUCGAAAAACAAGUUUAAUAUGAACACAUUUCCCGUCCCCAUGUCUUCUUUCCCCACUCCAGCCCCUUCUAUCCCCUACAAUCCUAAUUUUCCUGCUGUACCGCCUUUCAACUUUUUACCUACGCCUGCUAUGCCUCCAAACCCUAGUCAACCGAAUUUUUUUCAAUACGACUUUCCUCCUCAAUUUGACCCUGCCUUGUAUCCUCAGGUCCCUCCCCAGGAUAGUUACGCAAGUAUGAAUUGCUCUCCGUUAUUCAAUCCCUCCAUUCCUGCUGCAUCAAGUAUCCGUUCUGAGGCUCCUUUAGCUAGUGGAGCUUCAAAUCCUCCUGCUCUUGGCGUUGGUAAUGACCCUUCUGCUUUUUAUCAACAAACUACUGCUCCUCUUGGAGCCGCUUAUCCCAAUGCUACUUUUUCUCCUUCUUCGACUUUUCCCAUGAUGCCUGCUUAUUGGCCUUACCCUGCUGUUUAUGAUCCCUCUACUCAAUCCAUGCUCCCUCCCAACAUUGCUCCUCCUUUACCAGCUAAUGAUACGAGCCUAAUGUCAAGAAUGAAUAGUGAUAAUGUUCAUCCAUUUUCUCCGUCUAAUCCUACAUCUACCCCACCAUAUGGCUAUGUUUACUAUUACGAUCCCAACCAAUAUUACAAUGGUCAGGACAACGGACCAAAGCCUUCGUAA